AAAGGGUGUAGUGUUUAUUUAUUGUGCCUUUUGGGUUUGAUACGGUUCAGUUGUAUAUUAAUAAAGCAUUUUAUUUCAGCAAUGCAAUUAUACAGGAAAAAAAGAAUACCUCGAUUGACCAGUAAUGCAGUAAUUUACAGUAUUAAGCAUUGAUUUUACUCCAAUGAUCGUAAUGGAGCACAAUUGCAUUUUUCCAUCAGGCAAUGGUACUGAAUGCUCGGAGCAUUUGCAAAAAUGAUCUAGAUAAGGUCUUUAUUUCUUGAGAAACCAGGUCAUCAGUUGAUACAUCUUUGUAAGAAGGCAUGAUAGUUUUGCAAGGAGCUGCAGAGAAGAAUUCUGUAAAAAAGCUUUCCAUGGAGAUGAAGCAUGAAAUAUUUGUAUUUUUAAUAUGUUUUUAAUUUGUUAUUAACUUGUCAUAUAAGAAAAUUACAAUUGAUUUGUGAGCUUCAGAAGAAUAAAAAAAAAUGUACAAAGAGAAAUGAUAGAAAUGAAUUUGGCAUUGUUCUCACAAAUACAGGUACCAGUUGGAAAGAUACAAUGAUAACCUGAUUAUUAUAUAUGCUGGUAGAUUGUCCUGGCAGUACAGAAAAUCUGGGCUCUAAAAGAGCGAAGAAGUAUGGCUGGAGCAUGGUUUUCACAUUCACAACAUAUAUUAACACUAGUAUUUUGAUCAGGAAAAUUGGAUAUAUAUUGCUCAAAGCAAUGGAAAAAUUUAAAAGAUUUAUGUAAAUGCUAUGUUUCAUCUUUGAUGAAUAUAUAUGCACUAUGAAAAGCAAAUAAUGUUGUAAUAUUGUUCUUGAAUUAAUCACUUUGAAUUGCUGGCCACAGUGUAGCAUAUAGGAUUAUAGAAAGGUGUUGUUGUAGUGACAUAGCAGCUCUUAGGUUUUGAAGAGCUGCAUGGUUGCCAUUGAAAGUGCACAUAGCGAACAUAUGAGUUUUUGACACAAGAGCAGUACAUUUAUGUUAUUUAUGUGAUACAUAUUUUUAUUCUUUGUUAUAUGGAAAUGUAAUUUUGAUGCAAAUUGACAAAGAGCUAGCCCAAAGAUUUCAUUACAUCCAUUAAAGGUAAGUGUUCAUAUUUUCAGAGGUCCGAGUUCACAGUUCACGUGCAAACAAUUUACGUAGCUACCUUUAUUGCAAUAUGUACAUUUUGGUACCGAGAUACCAGUCACUUUAUGCUUGUAUUUGUCCGAUAUUGAUUGUUAUUUCAUAAAUAACAACUGAACCGUCAUUUUCAGGGCAUCUGAUGGGUAAGUAGAGAGACAGCUAAAAGCUGUAGAGUGUGUAGCCCUGUUUAUGAUAUGCACACCGACUAAUGAUAUACCAUUUUAUUGGACUAUAUUGCAGAUAUUGAUUAGUUAAAGGGAAAUAUUGACAGCACUUAGUGCUGGUUUGAUGAAAUGUUUGACACGUCCCAAGUACUAUCUUGGCGAUGUAGAUCAUGGCAGAUUAUAUGUCUGUGGUGCCGUGUUAUUAAAACAAAAUAUCUGUUCUCUGCCAUGCUAGACCAAUGUGUACGCAUCAGCAAGACGACGUAAAAUGCAGCCAUUUGAAGGCUUCGCAAGGAGGGCUGUCGUUAUAGUACCCGAGGAUGAAGAAUACAAAAAACGUUUAGAGGCACAGCAAAAAGUGGAAGGAAAAGAGGUGCCAGAAAGCGCCAUUUAUGAAAUGAAAGCAAAUUUCACCGUGCCGGAUGUUGGUAUGUUAUUUGAUGAGGUAGAGUUUACUGAGCUACAGAGGACAGAAGCGGAGACCUUGGUAGAGACAUAUAGGGAAGAAGGACAGAAAAAUCUUCCCCCACCACCUCCUACUCCUCCCCCAGAGAAACGAUUCAGGGAUGAAAGGGGUGGAAGAGAAAGAAAGGAUAGUGGUUUUGGUCGAGAUAGAGAUCGUCGUAGUGGAGGCAGUCGUUGGUCAGGCGAUGGAGGAGGCGGUGGUGGUGGUGGAGGAGGCAGCAAAUGGGGUGGAGGUGGCGGCGGUGGUGGUAGGGAUCGUGGAGGUGGCGGCGGUGGUGGUAGGGACCGUGGAGGCGGUGGUGGUAGAGACAGAUGGGGAGGUGGAGGAGGAGGCGGCAGAGAUGGUGGUGGUGGCGGAGGACGUUUUGGAGGUGGUGGCGGAGGUAGUCGCUGGGGAGGUGGUGGCGGCAGUGGUGGUGGUGGUGGAGGAGGAAGAUGGGGAGGUGGUGGCGGUGGUAAGUUUAUUUCAAAAUGAUGUUUGAAAUUGCUU